AUGCCGCGUCAUCCAACUUUCAACCAACCCGGAGCUUGGACGCCAACCAAGUCGCAGGCAUUUUUCGGCUGGGCGAUCGCAGCGACUUUUGUCGUCCUAGCAGGUGUCGGUAUCGUCACCUUCCGCUAUCAUCUACUGACGACCGGCAGCGAGACGGCAUUUACAGAACGUCAAACGAUAGGUCUUCAUGACCUUGAAGCCGUCUACUUUGAAGGACCCGUGGACACUCUGAAGACGUGUGAUACUGAUGUCUGCCUUUGGGAAGGACGCAACCUUUAUGACAAGUUCAACUUGUCUGUCAACCCAUGCGUUAACUUCUACAGGUAUGUCUGCUCAUCAAACUGGUACCGCGACCACCAACGCCUGGAUUUGACUCCGUACCGAGUGCACACCGUCGGUCAGAUCAUGUACGAUCUCGACAAGUUCUUCGAGCGCUACUUCAAGUUAAAAGAAAGCGAGUAUCACGUCAAUCCGACUAUGUACACACACCAAGUGCUAUUCUUCAUGGCCAACUGUACGACAACGCGCAGGAGCGAAUCCAUCUGGAUCACACUUAAAAAGAUUUACGUGGAAAACCUUCUCGAUGGAUGGCCGUACAGGAGGGAGCCCAAGGCCAGAAAGCUGACGGACGUCGCUAUGGUUUUGGACAAGUACGUUGGGCUAAAUGCCUUCGUCAAGGCGUCACUGCGAAAGAACUUUGACGACGACGACUAUGAGAUUCAACUGGAAGCACCACAGGUACCGCUCAGAAGACAUCAACUCGUAUUUCUCAAUGAGACCGUUGAUGACUACACUAAGAGAGUGGAGAAGCUUCUUUCUAUGUUCACAGACCACGACAUGGCAAAAGCAGCCCAAGAUAUCGUUCUCGUCGAGCACAGGUUACUGCAAGAGAUGGUACCACGAUACUUUCUGCCGUUUGACAAUCGUACAAUGUCGAUCAAAGAAUUGCAGAGGAAGAACAUAUGGAUAUGGAUCUCUUACCUCAACUACAUGAUCGAAGACGCUGGUGUCCAGUUCCAUCGAGAGUCUGGAGUCAUCGUACCAGACAGAGAGUACAUCAGUAGGUUGUCACUCACGCUGAGCAAGCUCCCGAUGAGGUCCCUUUUCAACUACUUGGGUUACGCUCUGAUGAUCAAGCUUUCUCCUUUGUUGCCAACGGACGUUCAAUUCCUUCUUCCCCUAAGUCACGACAACUAUCUGGAACAAGUACCGGAACGUCUGCAAGCAUGCGCCCACAUGCUUCAAGACUUAUGCCCAUAUUUAGCCAGAAAGUUUGCGCGCUUGACGUUCGGCAGGGAAAAUGCUACUACUGCUUAUUGGCAUUACGACGAAGAAAUGAACAAGCUACUUCACGUCGUGCGGGAGACGAUGAAGCAGACCGUUCAACAGUCUCCUUGGCUGAAUCAAGCUGAGGUGGAUUUGGCAUCCCAAAAGCUUGACGGGAUCCACAUCGAGUUCCUGGACAGCAAAGAAAGUGACACCGUGGUCAACGCUUACUAUCCGCAGUUUGUGUCUGCGUUCCCAUACGAUGAUCCUCUACUAGGAUACUACAAACUACUCAACGAAACCCGUUCAUUCUACUGGGUAACGAAUAACACGUACGACCUCGAUGCUCGAUUCCAGACGUCCAUGUUGGAUGUACAGGCUGAGUACUUGUAUGAACGAAAUAUCCUCUUCCUUCCACACGCCUUAAUCGGUUUUAUGAACAAUGUCUCACGAACCUUCGAUCCUCUGUUCGUACCUCUGGUUGUUCCCCACAUUCUUCGAGGAAUGUUUGCCGCUGUUGACCGAAGAGGCGCAACAGUGAACGUGCAGAAGCAUGUCACUAAUUGGUGGUCCUCUCUGAGCCACGAAGAGUUGGACAAGAGGGUUCAAUGCUUCCGUCAUCAAUAUGACAAAGAAGUGCGAGCUAUUUACCCGGCUGACUACGACAUGGACGAUAACAUCGCCGACAACGCCAUCAUACACCCACUGCACGAUAUCUACCACAAAGGUAUCCACCUAGCUAAGCCGCUGCCGAGGAACUCUCGAUUGCCGGGAAUGGAAGCUUUCACUCCGGACAAGUUGUUUUUCGUCAACUAUGCCGCAGGGCAAUGUGACAGACCUAAUCCCACGUUGGCAAAAAGGCAACUCCAAUACAAGGACUCGAUGCCAGCUGAGCUUAGGGUUAAUGUACCACUCAAGAAUUAUCCAAAGUUUGCCCAAGUGUUUCGCUGCCCUACGAAUUCGCCGAUGAAUCCCAUGAACAGAUGCGAGAUCUGGUGA